AUCAAACAACCAAUGAACCGCUUACUGACGAGACACUAACCAAUCUUGACAUUAAUUAUGGCUUUGAAAUGAUUCGUCUAAAUGGAUUACCAGCAUCUACAUUGGAAUUAGCUAAAACGAUUAAUUUCAAUUCAGAAACUGGUGAAUUACAGUUGAAUGAAUUACAAACUCAAUGGAAUUCGCAUAAAGAUGUGAGAAAUCGUAUACAAGCACGUUGUAUCGCUGUCAUUACCUAUCCGCAAACGGAUCAAUAUCCUCAUCAAGGUGUACAACGUUAUGCUAGUCCGUAUUUCAUAGUGAAUGUACCAAAAGAUAUUGAAGCUAUACCGGAUUACGUAGAUGUAUCACGUUCACGAUAUGAAGUAACUGUUGGUGGUUUAAACAAUCAAGGCGUAUUAAAAGUACAACCUGGAAAGAAUAUUCAACUCAAGUGUAUAAUUCGAGAUAAAGAAACGGAUACGUUGAUGGAUACUUUAACACAGAAUCAAUUUAUUGGAUGGCAAUUUCCUGUAUUACCUAGUGGUUAUCAAGUAAAUAUGGGAGAUUUUGCUACAAAUUCUAAAAUACAAUCCGAUGAAUUACAUUUAGAAGGUAUACGUAAUGAUUAUCCAGAAAAUUUACAAGGUCGUUGUUGGUUCGAUGAUGGUUUCAUGCAUUACUACUCACCAUUCUUCCCUGUUGUAUCACCAAGUACAG